GCAGCCGGGCCCUGCCGUGGCGACCACGGUGGCGCAGCCGGGAGAGCGGCAGCGGCCGCGACUCCUUAAAUAGCACCGCGACCUGACUCGGGCAGUGAGUGCCCUGCAGUGACAGCCGCCUGCCGAGCGGCUCGGCGGCGGAGGAGAAUUUGGCCUAGGGAACCACUAGCACAGGACCAUGGAAGCCCACGAAUUGUUCCGGUAUUUUCGAAUGCCAGAGCUGAUUGACAUCCGGCAGUAUGUACGCACCCUUCCGACCAACACACUCGUGGGUGUCGGAGCUUUUGCAGCACUCACCACUUUCUGGUAUGCCACGAGGCCCAAGGCCCUGAAGCCACCAUGUGAUCUCUCCAUGCAGUCAGUGGAAGUACCGGGCACUGAUGGUGCUCGACGAUCCGUGCUCCUUAACAGUGACGAGCUCAUGGUGUACUACUAUGAUGAUGUCAGGACGUUUUACGAUGGCUUCCAAAGAGGCAUUCAGGUGUCAAAUAAUGGCCCUUGUUUAGGUUCUCGGAAACCAGACCAGCCCUAUGAAUGGAUUUCUUACAAGCAGGUUGCAGAAAGGUCAGAGUGCAUAGGUUCUGCACUGAUCCACAAGGGCUUCCAGGCCUCUCCAGAACAGUUCAUUGGCAUCUUUUCUCAAAACAGACCUGAGUGGGUGAUCAUAGAACAGGGAUGCUUCACUUACUCAAUGGUGGUGGUUCCACUUUAUGAUACCCUUGGAACUGAAGCCAUCUCGUACAUAGUGAACAAAGCUGAGCUGUCUGUGAUUUUUGCUGACAAGCCAGACAAAGCCAAACUCUUACUAGAAGGUGUAGAAAAUAAGUUAACACCAAGCCUUAAAAUCAUAGUUCUCAUGGACCCCUAUGACAAUGAUCUGGUGGAACAAGGAAAGAAGUGUGGGGUAGAAAUCAUCAGCCUGAAGGCCAUGGAGGACCUUGGAAGAGUGAACAGAAAAAAGCCCAAGCCUCCAUCACCUGAAGAUCUUGCAAUAAUUUGUUUUACAAGUGGAACUACAGGCAACCCCAAAGGCGCAUUGAUCACUCACCGAAAUAUUGUGAGCGAUUGUUCAGCUUUUGUGAAAGUGACAGAGACUUCAAUCAACCCUUCCCCAGAUGACACUCUGAUAUCUUUCUUGCCUCUUGCACAUAUGUUUGAGACUAUUGUAGAGUGUGUGAUGCUGUGUCAUGGAGCUAAAAUAGGAUUUUUCCAAGGAGAUAUCAGACUACUUAUGGAUGAUCUCAAGGUGCUUCAGCCCACUAUCUUCCCUGUGGUUCCAAGACUGCUCAACCGUAUGUUUGACCGAAUCUUUGGACAAGCGAACACUACACUGAAGCGGUGGCUGUUGGACUUUGCUUCUAAGAGGAAAGAAGCUGAGCUUCGCAGUGGCAUCAUUAGAAACAACAGCCUAUGGGACAAACUCAUCUUCCACAAGAUACAGUCAAGCUUGGGUGGGAAGGUCCGGCUGAUGAUCACAGGUGCCGCCCCAGUGUCUGCCACCGUGCUGACGUUUCUGAGAGCAGCCCUUGGCUGUCAGUUCUAUGAAGGCUAUGGACAGACUGAGUGUACUGCUGGUUGCUCCCUGAGUAUACCUGGAGACUGGACAGCAGGCCAUGUUGGUGCCCCCAUGCCUUGCAAUUAUAUAAAGCUUGUUGAUGUGGAAGAAAUGAAUUACAUGGCUGCCAAGGGUGAGGGUGAGGUGUGUGUGAAAGGGCCAAAUGUGUUCAAAGGCUACUUGAAAGAUCCAGCAAAAACAGCAGAAGCCUUGGAUAAAGAUGGCUGGUUACACACUGGGGACAUUGGAAAAUGGCUGCCAAAUGGCUCCUUGAAGAUUAUUGACAGGAAAAAGCAUAUAUUUAAACUGGCCCAAGGAGAAUACAUAGCACCAGAAAAGAUUGAAAAUAUCUACAUGCGAAGUGAAGCUAUUGCUCAGGUGUUUGUCCAUGGAGAAAGUUUGCAGGCAUUUCUCAUAGCAGUUGUGGUACCAGAUGCUGAGAACUUAGUUUCCUGGGCACAGAAGAGAGGAAUUCGAGGAUCCUUUGAGGAACUGUGCAGAAACAAGGAUGUCAAAAAAGCUAUCCUGGAAGACAUGCUGAAACUGGGAAAGGAGUCUGGUCUAAAACCAUUUGAACAGGUCAAAGGCAUUGCUAUACACAGUGAAUUAUUUUCUGUUGACAAUGGCCUUCUGACUCCAACAAUGAAGGCAAAAAGGCCAGAGCUACGGAACUAUUUCAGGUCACAGAUUGAUGAACUCUACUCCACCAUCAAGAUAUAAUGUGAGAAAAAAAGCUCAGAAGAAAUGACACACCUCAAAAAUCCCUUCUACCAAUGGCCUUCACUCAAGUUGGAAACUUUGACUGCAGCAAGCAUAGGGAAGGAAACGGCCAUGUUUGACUUGUCCAUUGGGGUCUUACCAUAGGAAUAUUUAGAGGAAAUGGAACAUUGCCUUACAGUCACCUCAUGUUGCAGACCAUGUUUAUGGUGAUACACUAUUUCCAAAAUGAGCCUUAAAAAUUGUAAAGGGGAAACUGUAAAAGUGCUAAGUUAUUUAAGACUUCCUCAAUUAACAAGGUGGGUGUUCAAAUUGUGUCUCCCUGUCUUUGUAACCAAGGGGUUAGGACUUUGCUCUUUCUGAUAUGUCUGCUACUAGCUGCAAGGUCUGCUGCUGUCUGCUGCUCUGAAAAUGACAGUUCACAGGAGGGCACUGUCCCUUCAGGAGUGAGAACAGCUGUCCAGGUUGGAGAAAGUCACAAGUGGACCAGAAAUUUUUAAAAAUCCCUUCCACCUUCCCUUCCCCACCACUCACAGAGCUCUUCUGAUUUGUAAGGGUUCAGAACAGUCCCUACUAUAGCUGGGCCACAGGGUUCCCAGUAAACCAAAGGACAGCUCCUCUCGCCAGAGCCAGUGACUUCUUGCUCACACUGUGGGAUGUUCUUGAAAACUUCUCCAGAUCUGGUUCCUUUCCUCCCCCUCCCCAGGAGUUAUUAAAAAUCCUGCCUUAGACCAUACAGUGAAGACAGCAUUUCAAGAAAGAAUGACCUGGAUUACCCAUGCUCAACUGUGAUGCCUCACUAGCCCUCUACUUUCUCUCCACAAAAGCAACUCGCUGUUUGUAAUGGCCAAUGGCUUAAUGUGGUUUUCCUAUCCAAUGAUAAUGUGGUGAUUUUUUUUUUUUUCUGCCCAAAUAAACUCAGGCAAAGCAUGUCUUCAAAAAUACUAAGGGAAUAGAUAUACAUGGACACUUAUUGAAAUGGACAAUAAUAAGUAAAUAUUCUUAUAAAACUACCUGAUUUCUAUGAAAUGUAUUUGACAAGCCGAAAUUCUGGGAUGUAGAAAUCUGGGGUAAAAAAAUCAUUUCCUGAGAUUAAUUUAUCAAGGGAUUUUUUAAAGUUAAUUUGGGGAUUAGUAGAAUUUCACUUUAUCGUGAGCCUUUGCCACAUUUGAUUGAAUCACGCUGUCAUUAAAGCCACUGUUGUUGAGUAUGUGAGCAUACAUCUGUAUUCAAGCACAACAGGGUUUGCAUUAAAGAUGUGUCAUUGCAAUAACACUAUUUGGUAGCCUAACUUCAGAUAUGUAUUCUUAAUUGCUCAAAAAGUUGAUAAUUUGUCACACUGGGGUUUUGAAUGUUUGCUUUUAGUGUUGGCUAUUUCUAUGUUUUAUAAACCAAAACAAAAGUUUCAAAAACAUUGAAGGAAACCAAAAUAAAUAUUUCUGCAUUUCAA